AUGUACCCAACACCACCCACACAGGGUUAUUCUCAACAAACGAGCCAGCCUUAUGGGCAGCAGAGCUAUGGUGGUUAUGGACAGUCAGCAGAUACGUCUGGAUAUGGCCAGAGUAGUUACAGUUCUUCUUACGGCCAGACUCAAAGCUCUGGUUAUGGCACUCAGUCGACACCACAGGCUUAUGGCUCAUCAACAGGGUACGGCAGCAGUCAGACUUCACAAGCGUCUUACGGGCAGCAGUCAUCAUAUCCCAGCUACUCCCAGCAGCCAGCCAGCUCCACCACUGGAAGUUAUGGUUCCAGCUCUCAAACCUCCAGCUAUGGGCAACCCCAAAGUGGGGGUUAUGGCCAGCAGUCAAGCUAUGGCAGCCAACAGCAGAGCUCCUAUGGGCAGCAGCCUUCCUACAACCCACCCCAAAGCUACGGCCAGCAGAGUCAGUAUGGCAGCGGCAGUAGCAGUGGAGGAGGCAGUGGUAGUGGACCUGGUGGCUAUGGCCAGGAUCAGUCGUCCAUGAGUGGAAGUGGGACUGGAGGUGGCUAUGGCAGCCAGGAUCAAGGCGGAUAUGGGGGCCAGCAAGACCGCAAUCGUGGCCGAGGCAGUGGAGGAGGUGGCAGUGGCGGAUAUGGUAGAGGUGGCUUUGAUCGAAGUGGCGGUAGAGGUGGCAACAGAGGCGGUCGUGGAGGCAUGGGCGGUGGUGAGCGAGGUGGUGGCUUCAAUAAAUUUGGUGGACCACGGGACCAAGGAUCACGCCAUGAUUCUGCUGGCGAGCAGGAUAAUUCUGACAACAACACCAUUUUUGUUCAGGGACUUGGUGAAAAUGUAACUAUUGAAUCGGUAGCGGACUACUUCAAGCAGAUUGGCAUUAUCAAGACGAACAAGAAGACAGGGCAACCAAUGAUUAAUCUGUACACAGACCGGGAGACAGGAAAACUGAAGGGAGAGGCCACAGUUUCUUUUGAUGAUCCCCCAUCUGCGAAAGCUGCUAUCGAUUGGUUUGAUGGGAAGGAGUUCUCGGGCAACCCUAUCAAAGUUUCAUUUGCCACUCGAAGGGCAGACUUUAACCGAGGUGGUGGAAAUGGCCGUGGAGGAAGAGGCCGUGGAGGAAGAGGAGGACCCAUGGGCCGUGGUGGCUUUGGUGGUGGUGGAGGUGGGAGCAACAGUGGUUCCAGUGGAGGCAGCAGGGGUGGCUUUCCCAGUGGAGGAGGUGGCCAGCAACGUGCAGGGGACUGGAAAUGCCCGAAUCCAACAUGCGAGAACAUGAAUUUCUCUUGGCGUAACGAGUGCAACCAGUGUAAAGCACCAAAGCCAGAUGGCCCUGGGGGCCCACAUAUGGGAGGAGGAUUUGGUGAAGAACGGCGCGGAGGCCGCGGAGGCUUUGAUCGAGGCGGCUUCCGUGGAGGACGAGGAGGUGAUCGAGGCGGCUUCCGAGGUGGGAGAGGCGGAGACAGGGGCAACUUUGGGCCAGGAAAAAUGGAUUCCAGAGGGGAACACAGACAGGAUCGCCGUGAAAGACCGUAUUGAGCCUGUAUAGGAUCCCAGACCAUGUGAAUUUAUAAACUUUUUUUAUUUUGUAAGAUGUCUAACUUUGUCCUAAAUUUGUGUAUCCCUUGUUGCUUUGUGUACAAACUUUGUAUUCCUUUCUGUUAAAUUUUCUGUUGACUGUACUUGGAAGUAAUCCCGUACAUUUAAAACAA